GAUUCGACUCAAAAGCACUGAACCGGACGAGUCGGACACCGCAACAGCUGACAACUUUGACUUUGCGCUGUACAGAGUGUACGGCGGGGCUUCAGUCAGCAGCUUCCAAAACAAGAAACGUGCACAGACACAAGGACAGACAAGUUACAGGCACCAGGGAGGAGAGAGUCAAAAAGCUGCGAUGAUUUCAUAGACAACAUUCCCCUUCACUGACGCUAAAGAGUUGCACCACAACGCUUGAAGAACAUGGAUGCACCUGAGGAAUCAAUAAGGAUGACGUCUGAUCCCCAGAGCAAAAUAUAUGUGCAGAAUCCAGACACACACAUACAUCUAGAGCAAGGCCCAUCUGCAAAAUCAGGCAAUGGCAGAGCUCUGGUCCUGUGCUCUGUGUCUGUGGCCUGCCUGAGUGGCUUGCUGAUGGGAUACGAGAUGAGUCUGAUAUCUGGAGCUUUGCUUCAACUCAGGGACGUUUUGACUCUCUCCUGCCCGGAGCAAGAGCAGGUCGUCGGCUCUCUUCUGCUUGGAGCCUUCCUCCUGUCCCUGGGUGGUGGGACAAUCCUGGACCACUACGGACGACGCUUCACCAUCAUCCUCACUGCUCUGUUGUGUGUGUUGGGAACUCUUCUGAGUGUGUGUGUGGUGUCAUUUUGGGCACUAGUGGUCGGGAGAAUGCUGGUUGGGAUGUCAGUGGCGCUGUCAGGCACAGCGUCUUGUUUGUAUGCAGCAGAAGUGGCACCAGCCGCCUGGCGCGGGAGGUGCGUGUGUGUGUAUGAGUUAAUGGUGGUUUUAGGGAUGCUGUUGGGUUUUGGACUGAGCUGGGCGUUCGCUGGGGUUCCGGAUGGAUGGAGGUUUACAUUUGGUGGCGCGCUGCUUCCCGCUUUACUGCAAGCUGGGGUUAUGCCACUUUUGCCAGACAGUCCACGCUUUUUGCUCGCCCAGCAGCGCGAAAAGGAAGCUCAUGCCACUCUGCUUCGACUUCGUGCUGGGAUCAAAGAAGUCGAGCCAGUGGAGGAUGAGCUCCGGGCGAUCCGUUUGGCAAUGGGCGCAGAGCGUCUUCAUGGCUUCCUGGACCUCUUCCAAUCCCGGGACAACAUGCUUCAGAGGCUUCUUGUUGGCGCUGCGCUGGUGUUCUUGCAGCAGGCCACAGGACAGCCUAAUAUUUUAGCAUAUGCCUCGACUGUUCUCAGUAGCGUAGGCUUUCAUGGGAAUGAGGCGGCGACUCUUGCGUCUACAGGGUUUGGUGUGGUUAAAGUGGGUGGAACCAUUCCUGCAAUUUUUCUAGUGGACAAAGUUGGGCCUAAAGCCCUUCUGUGUGUUGGAGUGGUUGUCAUGAUGUUGUCAACAGCAACGCUGGGGGCCAUUACUAUGCAGAGCCGCACACACGUUUCCAGCCUAUGCAGAGGCCCCGGUAAUACAGCAAACUUCACGUUAUUUGAGACCGGAGAUGAGACUGAUAUCCAGACCAACACUCCACUGGGCUUAUACCAGCCUCAAAACAAGCUCAAAACAAACACUUUUCUCACAAGCAUUAAUGACACUAGAGAGCAUUGGAUUUUAAAUCACACCUAUAAUCAUAGGACUGCUUUAAUGGAAACCGCUGAGCUUUCGAAGAAAGACAGUGCAAAGAUUGCGCUUCAGUCUCUUCACGAAGUGUCGCCUUCGCUGAAAUGGAUCUCUCUGGUCAGCCUGCUGGUGUAUGUAGCUGGAUUCUCCAUCAGCUUGGGACCAAUGGUUCAUGUUGUUUUAAGUGCAAUCUUUCCUACUGGCAUCCGGGGGAAGGCUGUAUCUGUCAUCUCCGCCUUUAACUGGGCCACAAAUUUGCUCAUAUCGAUGACCUUCCUUACCCUGACAGAGCGGAUCGGCCUCCCUACUGUCAUCUUCUCCUACUCUGCUAUGAGCUUCCUGUUGGUGGUGUUUGUGAUUGUGUUUGUGCCAGAGACCAAAGGCCGAUCAUUGGAACAGAUCUCAAAGGAACUUGCAAUGAAGAAUCACCUGAGAGGCACAUUGCUGUGUCACAGAAGAAAACACAAAGCUACAGCACAGCCCUCACAGGAGGAAAAAGCCCUCGCAACAGUUUGACUUUUUACCUAGAUGAAGAGUGAAAGAGCAACUGAUCAGACAGCUGAACCUGUGACUGCACCAAUCAGAGAAUUGAAGAUAUCUGCCUGAUUUAUGUUGUGCUUUCCCCAUUUAAGAAAAAUGUAACAUGCCAAUCUGAUUCAUUGUAUUCUUCAUGUAUUUUAAGUAAUUCUGGAUUUAUAUGGAGCUUUUACUACUCACUGUUAUGAAACUCUGGAAGGAAACUGUGCAAUCAUUAGCAUAAUCAUGCCAUGGCAUGUCCAAGGCAAGUUCUGUGGCAAAGUCACAUAUCAGUGUUUGUGUGCUGAACAUUACCAUAAAUAACAGUUUAAAGUAUGGCAUGAGAUGCCUUGUAUAAUCAUGUUACACAAUUGUGAAUCAACAUGUUAUGUAAUAUUUCAAAAUUAUAUUGUUGGUUGUUCAUAAAAGUUGUCCGAAUGGUUUUGACCAGAGAAA